CCUAUGACCCUUGCCAACAUGUCCUGGAUGGUGCUCUCCUGCCUCAUGCUCCUAUCUCAGGUUCAAGGUGAAGACUCUCAGAAUGAACAGGCCUCGUCAGCACGUAUCAACUGCCCUCAAGGCGCCCUGGCCUAUGACUCCUACUGCUAUGUUUUUAUUUUGAUACCACAAACCUGGAUAAAUGCAGAACUGGCCUGCCAGAGGUUUCCCUCAGGACACCUGACAUCUGUGCUCAACAGCGGUGAGGCUCGCUUUAUAUCCUCCCUGGUGAAGAACAGUGUGCACGGCUACCAAAAUGUCUGGAUUGGACUCUUUGAUCCUACACACGGGACAAUACCCAAUGGAGGUGGAUGGAGGUGGAGUAACUCUGAUGUGCUAACUUACUUUAACUGGGAGAGGAAUCCAUCCACUGCUGCGUACUGUGGGAGCUUGUCACGAGCCUCAGAUUAUCUGAAGUGGAGAGAAUAUAAUUGUGAUUCAGCAUUACCCUAUGUCUGCAAAUUCAAACCCAGUUCUAAAUUCAACAACCUGAAUAUAUAUUGA